AUGACCGCCAACGCAACAACUCAGCCAUACGCGAUUCCCAACUACAUGAGCCAACAACCUUCCCCAGCCAGCUCAGCCUCACCCACUUCUCCUCGCAUGCACGACUACAUUCAGCAGCAUGCCCCCAAUCCGUACAAGCAGCUUCGGCCGCUCAAAUCCCCUCUCUACGUUCCUGCUGCGCUGCGGCCAACCGAACACUUCUGCACACCGUCUCCUAUGACCCCACCAAAAAGUCUGCAUGGAUCGUUGGACAGUUUGCAAGAAGACGAAGGUCGGACAGCAAGCCCGGACUCUCAAGACGAACUGGCUCUGGACGCUUUUGACCCUGAUUGGGCUCAGGAGGAGGAACUGGGUGAAGUCACAGGCCCGCCAACCAGAGAACAUUGGAAGUUCCAUCCCGACGGCAUUCCCUCCCGGGCAUGCGAGGUAUGUCACCGGCAGUAUCAACGCUGGGAUACGGCCAGGUCAAUCCGCCGCAAGAACAGCCAGAACAGCAAGGAUGACUGCAGCAACAACGAGAGCGGUCCUCCGACGCCUCUGGCGGGACCGACGGGUCACCGAAGGAUGAUUUCCAGCGGCCUUCGUACGGGCAAACCGGUCGCGGAAGUCGCUAACAGUGUACCCAAAGACUGGGCCUGGAGCACUUUCUGA